UUCCCAGACCAACCCCAACGAAUAUUGCUUGGAACUGUAUUAGAAAUGUAAAUUCUCUAGCCUUGUCCCCACUUCACUAAAUUAGAAACUCCUGGCAGUGAGAUGGAAUAAGUUGUGUUUUAGUACAUUCUCCAGUAGAUUUUGAUGCAUGCUUCAGUUUGCUCACUAUCUAAGUCUCAACUAUUUUCUCUGGAAUUUCACUGUUUUUUUAGAGACUCAUUUUUGUUUACCCUAGGUAUUGUGGCAUUUAUGUGGGGACAAAUCUCUAACCUUAGUGAGCGUUUUGGGAGAAGUUUUGUAUGUCUGUAUCUUGAUAAUUUUUAUUUACUUAGGUUUUUGAAAUUUGUUGCUUCCUUUGCUGAUGCCCUCAGGAUCAGGAAACUUAAACAGUAUAAAAUUGCCUCCAUUUAUCCCAGCUGGAUCAGGUGCCCUUAGCUGGAUGGUGAAGAAGUGGCCCCUAGACGCAGUGAUAGGAGAGAAAGGGAAGCAGCAAAACCUGGGAAUGGGUAAUCAGAGAUGCAAGUUGUCACAUCUCCCAUAAAGAGCCUUAGUCCAUAGGGAUAUGGUUCACAUGUGGUAAACAAGGACACCCCUGGACUUCAAACUGGACUUAGAGUAAUAGUUCAGGCUUUUUACAAGUAUGAUUUUAGUAGGUUAUUGCUGUAAAAUGGGGAUAAUACGAUCUCCUUCACAGUGACAUGUGAUGGAUGUCCAUGUUAGUCAUGCUUGUUAUAUCUGUGUUGAGGGAAAGCUGUAAAAAGAGAUUGCCACUGCAUCUUUGGAAGACAUUCUAAGGAAUAGACUGUAGUGCAUUGAAGAGUCCAAAGUACUCCAGACUGGCUGUUAUUCCAAGGGAUGGAACUUUGGGAAGUCCAGUUGCAUAGAAAACCAGGCAUUCAUAGAACACAUUUAAGUUUGGAAUCAGCUCAUCUAAGCCUCAGACUUCAAAGGGAUCUCUUUGCUAUUUUGAUAAUUCAUCAUACCCAUUUUGUUGACUGUGUGACCUUGGCAAUAACAGGUCUCUCUGUUCCCUGGUGUGCAAAUGGACAUACUCGGCAGAGAAAGGUUGGGAUGACAGUUUCUGGAAGAUGAUUGGUUUGGAAGACUUUGUUGCUGAUAAUUACAGCAAAAUAGGAAACCAAGUGCUGCCUCCUGGAGCUUCUCUGGGAAGUGGGCUCACACCAGAAGCAGCAAAAGAGCUCGGCCUUCCCGUCGGCAUUGCAGUGGCGGCCUCGCUCAUCGAUGCCCACGCAGGAGGAUUAGGAGUGAUUGGAGCAGAUGUGACGGGUCAUGGCCUCAUCUGUGAGGGACAGCCAAUGACAUCACGGCUGGCUGUCAUCUGUGGGACUUCCUCUUGUCACAUGGGGAUCAGCAGAGGCCCGAUUUUUGUACCAGGUGUAUGGGGGCCUUAUUUCUCAGCCAUGAUCCCUGGAUUCUGGCUGAAUGAAGGUGGUCAGAGUGUUACUGGAAAACUGAUAGACCAUGUGGUGCAGGGGCACGUUGCCUUUCCUGAACUACAAGCCAAGGCUGCUGCCAGAUGCCAGAGCGUAUAUGCAUAUUUGAACAGUCACCUGGAUCUGAUUAAGAAAGAUCAGCCUGUGGGUUUCCUCACUGUUGAUUUACAUGUUUGGCCAGAUUUCCAUGGCAACCGGUCUCCCUUAGCAGAUCUGACUCUAAAGGGCAUGGUCACUGGAUUGACAUUGUCUCAGGACCUUGAUGAUCUCGCCAUCCUCUACCUGGCCACGGUUCAAGCUCUUGCUUUUGGGACCCGCUUCAUCAUAGAGGCCAUGGAAGCAGCAGGGCACUCUAUCAAUACUCUUUUUUUGUGUGGUGGCCUGAGCAAGAAUCCCCUUUUUGUGCAGAUGCAUGUGGAUAUUACUGGCAUGCCUGCGGUCCUGUCGCAAGAGGUGGAGUCUGUCCUUGUGGGCGCUGCUAUUCUGGGUGCCUGUGCCUCGGGGGAUUUUCCUUCUGUACAGGAGGCAAUGACAAGAAUGAGUAAAGUUGGGAAAGUUGUGUUCCCGAGACAUGAAGAUAAAAAAUAUUAUGACAAGAAAUAUCAAGUAUUCCGGAAGCUAGUGGAACACCAGAAAGAAUAUUCAGCAAUCAUGAAUGAGGACUGAACAAAGCUCACAGUGCUGACACUGGAAUUUCUAUAUCAUUGUAUUUGGGACCUCUGUCCUUUCAUCUUAUAUCCAAGACUUUUUCAGUACCAUUUUAUUAUUUCUGCACUAUGUUCUAAUAAAAAAGAACUAGAAUCUUCAUUUCAAAAUAA